AUGUUGGGGCUACAUUGUCUCUUCCUGUGAGAAUACAUUUUUGCUUUUAUAAUGGAAGUCAGUAUGAAAAUAAGGGAUGCUGAGGGAAACUGCUUCAUAGCCAAACUUUAGGACCACGUGUAGUGGGUUAAGCAGCUGCCCCAGGCUGUCCGCAGAAAUCCCAAGACCCAGGGUCCUUCCAGGGAGAUCUAAGGAUAGUCCUGGAGACGUUUUAAUUGCAAUUAAGAAAAGGGAGCACAGAGGAAUGCCUUACGUCUUCUCUGUGGACUGUGGACUGAACCUGGGCCUUUCUGCAUGUCAGGCAAGCAAGCUCCCACUGAGCUACCCCCCACCCCAGCCCAGAAUUCCCAGCUGCUGAUGUGUUGCUGCCACAAAACCGCAAAACCACCUGGGAACUCUUGUUUAGGGGUAAUUAUUAUCUUCAAUGACUGAAGAAAGCGUCCUUUUUCUCCUACUGGUGGAAUGUUUUCAGAGAAAAUAAUUAUUGUAAAUAAGCACACAUAUUAUAGAGAUGGAAUUGUUUGCAAAAAGUUAAAAUGGAGCCUUCAUGGGGCGGGGAUUUAGCUCACUGAUGCCACGCUUACCUUGCAAGGGAAAGGUCCCGAGUUUCAUCCCCGGUACCGGGCGGGAAUAGAGCCUUCAAAGAAGUUUCAGGAUUGUGGUGGGCUCCCUUGGUGAACCUCUGGGGUGGCAAUUCGAUUCCUUGCUGUGCUUGAAAUUUCUUUUCAGUUUUUUGCAGCCCUCCCAAGUAGGGAUGGAAGCAGGGUUCUAUUUCUCUGUAGCUCACAGUGUUGGGCGUCAUCAGGUGGUGACGUCAGGACGCUGAGACCACCCGCUCUGAGAGUCGACUGUCUUCAUGAGGGCGGAAGAGCAGAGGGCAAGCUGGUGGGCUAAGAAGCCAACGCACUUGCCUUAAAGGACCCGAACGCUUAGCUCAAAACCAGCGCCGGAACCUCCAUCCUACUGCAGUCUGUACCUGUCACCGAGCACUGGACAAAGCCAUGUGUGCCCUUCCCAGGUGUGGUUCCCUCUUCUGUUAAUAAGAACAUCACCUGGGAGAGGAGGCAACCAAGUUUGGGUUGAGAAGUUCGUCAUGUCGAUACUCUGGAUUCAAGUACACAACACCGCUUUCUUCGAGAUUUUCACCAAAACUCCACUUAUUUGUAUAUUGACUAUGAACUCUGAGACAUUUCAACGAAUUAAGUGGGAAAGGAGCAGAAGUUGGGAGAGCUCGCUAUAAAAAUAAGAGUUUUAAGUGUUUGUAAAGAUAACUCUGGGACAGCAUAAGGGAAUAAACCUGAGGGGUGUUAGGGGUUUUUUUUCUUCCCAAAGACCUUGAGAGGAUGUGAUGAACUAAGGAUACAUGGAACAGCUGCACAAGCACUGGAUUUUGCUCUGCAACAUCUAAAGAUCUUAAAGGUAUCAAGAUGGAUUCAAGAAUCUAUGAACAUGGGAUGCAGAUUUAGUUCAGUGGUGCUGCCGCCUGCCUUGAAAGUGCAAGGUCCUGAGUUCGAUUCCUGGUACAAAAAAUCUAUGAACACAAGAAAAUGUGAUACAUUUAGUAAUAGAAAAAAACUAAGAGAAAAAAAGUGAAUGUGGUUUUUGCUCACAGAAUGGAUAACAUCAAGCCACCUUUGGUUGUUCCUUCGCUUCUGGUGCCCCUCCAGAACCACAGCUGCACUGAAACAGCCACACCUCUGCCAAGCCAUGACUUGAUGGAAUUAUGUGAUGAGGCGCACAGGAGGGUGGGCAACAGGACAGACCUUCGAUACAGACUGAAACCCGGGGAAGUGGCCACAGCCAGCAUUUUCUUUGGGACUCUGUUGUUGUUUUCUAUCUUUGGCAAUUCCUUGGUUUGCUUGGUCAUCCGUAGGAGUAGGAGGACUCAGUCCACCACCAACUACUUUGUGGUCUCCAUGGCAUGUGCUGAUCUUCUCGUCAGUGUGGCCAGCACUCCGUUUGUCCUGCUCCAAGUCACCACUGGAAGGUGGACACUUGGGAGUGCAAUGUGCAAGGUUGUACGCUAUUUUCAGUAUCUCACUCCAGGUGUCCAGAUCUAUGUUCUUUUCUCCAUCUGCAUAGACCAGUUCUACACCAUUGUUUACCCACUGAGCUUCAAGGUGUCCAGAGAAAAGGCCAAGAAAAUGACUGCAGCGUCCUGGAUCUUUGAUGCAGCCUUUGUGACCCUGGUCCUCUUUUUCUACGGCUCCAACUGGGACAGUCAUUGUAACUAUUUCUUCCCUUCCUCCUGGGAAGGGACUGCCUACACUGUCAUCCACUUCUUAGUGGGCUUUGUAAUUCCAUCUGUGCUCAUAAUCUUGUUUUACCAGAGGGUCAUAAAGUAUAUUUGGAGAAUAGGCUCUGAUGGUCGAACAGCGAGGAGAACAAUGAACAUUGUCCCAAGGACAAAAGUGAAAACGGUCAAGAUGUUCCUCAUUUUAAAUCUCUUGUUUUUGUUCUCCUGGCUGCCUUUUCAUGUAGCUCAGCUCUGGCACCCCCAUGAACAAGACUAUAAGAAAAGUUUCCUUGUUUUCACAGCGAUCACAUGGAUAUCCUUUAGUUCUUCAGCCUCUAAACCUACUCUUUACUCAAUUUAUAAUGCCAAUUUUAGGAGGGGGAUUAAAGAGACUUUUUGCAUGUCCUUGAUGAAAUGUUAUCAAAGCAAUGCCUAUACUAUCACAACAAGUUCAAGGAGGGCCAAAAAAAACUAUGUUGGCAUUUCAGAAACCCCUCCCAUGGCCAUAACUAUAACCAAAGACUCAAUCUAUGAUUCAUUUGACAGAGAAGCCAAGGAAAAGAAGCUUGCUUGGCCCAUUAACUCAAAUCCACCAAAUACUUUUGUUUAAUUUCUCAGAA